AUGUCUUGUUCAAAAAUCGGUGAAGAUUUCAUAGCGUUUAAUGAAUUCGGCGAAGUCAACUCAAGUGCACAACUAGUAGAAUUCACUGGUGAAACAGCUUCGGCGUUCGAUGAAUGGAUAAUAAGAUUUAAAGAUUAUAUUGAUGUAUUUGGAACCAACUGGACAGAGCUAGAAAAGAUUAACAGACUCAAAUUAUACUUAGGUGUUAAAGUUAGAUCCAUAUUUAAAUGUUUGCCACUUUCCGAAAAGAAUACUUUGGCUAAUGCUUUGAAAAAUAUUAGAAAUAAAUUAGACAGCCCACACUUUAAAGAACUGGCUUAUAAAAGGCUUGCGGCAUGCUAUCAAAAGGAAGGGGAAUUUGUCAGUGACUUUAUCAAAAGGUUGAUACCAUUGGUCAAUACCACGUCGUCUCUUAUUCCACCUGAAGCAAAAGAAGAAAUGUUAUGUAGGACACUCAUAGAAAAAGUAAGACCAGAAUUUCGGCGGUCGCUCCACCUUGUAGGUCCUCUAAUCGGUCGAAAUGAUUUCAAAAAGCUUGUUGCUUACUUACCAGAGUUAGAGCUAGGAGUUAUCGAUGGAGGAAUAGUAGCCACAACUCAUCAAACAUUCAAUCCAUCAAUGCAAACAGAAUUUCAACAAAUCCUAAUGAAUUAAUUCAAUCAACAAACAACGCUUCGGCGGCAUCAACUAAUAAUAGCAAUCAGAGCAGAGUGAUACAAGAACAUAAUGACCAAUUUUCCAAUAUAUGUUUUAUAUGUAAGUAUUGCAAUAAACCAAAUUUUGAACAGGUUGAGAAUCAAAGCUAUGAUCAUUGGGUAGACGAAAAACAAGAGUUGAGGGAUAUGGUAAAUGAAUUGGCAAUACAAGUGCAUGAAAUGAAAAUGCGCAUGGACUACUAACUCCACUUGUCAAGGAUCAGCAAACAAGCUUUGGCGACUACUUCGGUGAUGUAUGGAGAAGGUAAAAGAAAGUUUGUGAGAAAAAGUUUGGCAAAACGAAGGAAAGUUUUUUUUAACAUUAAUUAAAGAAGGGAAUUUUUUUAAUUUAUAAAUGAUACUAACACAUUCUAUUUCAGGUGACGAUGCAAAACUGAACGAUCUGAAUAUGAACAUGCUUUGUAUGAUUGUAUGGUAAAAAGAGGGUUGGAAGUUUAUAAUUAUUAAAUAAUUUCUAAUGUUUUUUAUUUCAUACAUAAUGCUAACAACUGGCUAGAAAAGAAAAUGGUACAAACUAGAAAAGAAAAUGGUACAAUGCUGAUUGAAGCGCUUCGGCGAUGCAAUGUUCA